AUGCCCGACGCCAACGAACCAGGCCUAACCCGCGAAGACAGAAUCUACUACCGCCUCCAACUCUACAAAGUCGAUCGCCUCUGCUCCAACGAAACCGGCAACAUCCUCAAAAACAUCCUCAUCCAACUCGCCACGCCCCUCGACGAGCUCCCCACCUCUAUCCAACGUUUACGAAACAAGUUGGUGGAAGGGAAGAGGUUGAGGAGGUUUGCGGAGGAUGUGCAUGAGUUGGUGUAUGAGGGGGAGCGGAUGGCGGAGGGGAGUGUUGAGAAGAGGUGCUUGGGGGAGAUGGUGGCGAGGGUUGGGAGGUUCGUGAAGGUUGCGGAGAAGGAGAGGGAGAGGAGGAGGGUUGGGAGUGGACGGUACUAG